AUCGAAGAACCCAUAAAUCCUAUAAAAAAAGUCGCCGUACUUCAUCUCCGGCGCCUCUAUGGAUUUGCGGUUUCCUUUUUCACCGGCAGAGGUUGCCAAAGUCCGGGUUGUACAGUUUGGGAUUAUCAGCCCGGAUGAGAUCAGGCAAAUGUCGGUAGUGCAUAUAGAGCACGGCGAGACGAUGGAGAGAGGUAAGCCGAAGAUCGGAAUGUAAAUCUGCGGUCUGAGUGACCUGCGACUGGGAACGAUUGGUAAGAAGAUGAAAUGCGAGACUUGUAUGUCUAACAUGGCUGAGUGUCCCGGUCACUUUGGUCAUCUCGAGCUCGCUAAACCCAUGUUUCACAUUGGAUUCAUGAAGGUUGUGCUCAGUAUUCUCCGCUCUGUUUGCUUCAAUUGUUCGAAGAUUUUGGCUGAUGAGGACGACCCAAAGUUCAAGCAAGCUAUGAGAAUACGAAACCCUAAAAAUAGACUUAGAAAGAUAUUAGAUGCCUGCAAAAACAAAUCCAAAUGUGAUGGAGGUGAUGAGAUUGAUGUGCGAGGUCAAGAACCUGAUGAACCCGUGAAGAAGAGCAGGGGUGGAUGUGGUGCUCAGCAACCGAAAAUUUCUAUUGAUGGAAUGAAGAUGGUUGCUGAAUACAAGAUUCAAAAGAAAAAAAACGAUGACCAGGACCAGAUGCCUGAACCUGUUGAGCGAAAACAACUGCUCUCUGCAGAGAAGGUUCUUAGCAUUCUGAAGAGAAUAACAGAUGAAGAUUGUCAAUUGUUGGGUUUGAACCCAAAAUAUGCUCGUCCUGACUGGAUGAUUCUUCAAGUUCUUCCAAUUCCGCCUCCUCCUGUUAGACCUUCUGUAAUGAUGGAUACUUCUUCAAGGAGUGAGGAUGAUUUAACUCAUCAACUGGCAAUGAUUAUCCGGCACAAUGAGAAUUUGAAGUUGCAGGAGCGGAAUGGGGCUCCUGCACACAUCAUCUCUGAGUUUGCGCAAUUGUUGCAGUUCCAUGUUGCCACAUACUUUGACAAUGAAUUACCAGGACAACCAAGGGCUACCCAAAGAUCUGGGAGACCAAUCAAAUCAAUAUGCAGCAGGCUUAAGGCAAAAGAAGGUCGGAUUAGAGGUAAUUUGAUGGGAAAGAGAGUAGAUUUUUCAGCACGGACUGUGAUUACACCUGAUCCAACCAUCAAUAUUGAUCAACUGGGUGUUCCUUGGAGUAUUGCCCUAAAUCUCACAUAUCCAGAAACCGUAACUCCAUAUAAUAUCGAGAGGUUGAAAGAACUUGUGGAACAUGGACCUCAUCCUCCUCCUGGCAAAACUGGUGCUAAAUAUAUAAUUAGGGAUGACGGACAGAGGCUUGAUCUUCGGUAUUUGAAGAAAAGCAGUGACCAACAUCUGGAACUAGGUUAUAAGGUGGAGCGUCACUUAAAUGAUGGAGACUUCGUCCUGUUUAACAGGCAACCAAGUCUCCAUAAAAUGUCUAUAAUGGGGCAUAGGAUCAAGAUUAUGCCUUACUCCACCUUCCGUUUGAAUUUGUCUGUUACCUCGCCCUACAAUGCUGACUUCGACGGGGAUGAAAUGAACAUGCAUGUUCCCCAGUCAUUUGAAACUAGAGCUGAAGUUAUGGAACUGAUGUUGGUCCCGAAAUGUAUAGUGUCACCUCAAUCAAAUCGACCUGUAAUGGGUAUAGUGCAGGAUACACUUUUAGGAUGCCGCAAAAUCACCAAAAGAGAUACAUUUAUCGAAAAGGAUGUUUUCAUGAACAUUCUGAUGUGGUGGGAAGAUUUUGAUGGCAAAGUACCUGCUCCAACAAUUCUGAAACCUAGGCCUCUUUGGACGGGAAAACAAGUUUUUAAUUUAAUUAUACCGAAACAGAUAAAUCUGUUGAGGUAUUCAGCUUGGCAUCAAGAAACUGAAAAAGGAUAUAUAACUCCUGGGGAUACUCAAGUACGGAUAGAAAAAGGGGAUUUGCUUUCUGGCACUCUAUGCAAGAAGGCACUUGGGACAUCCACUGGAAGUCUCAUACAUGUUAUAUGGGAAGAGGUUGGUCCAGAUGCAGCUCGCAAAUUUUUGGGACAUACACAAUGGCUCGUAAAUUAUUGGCUUUUGCAGAAUGCUUUUAGCAUGGGAAUUGGUGAUACAAUUGCUGAUGCUGCAACAAUGGAGAAGAUUAAUGAAACUAUUUCAAAUGCAAAGAAUCAGGUGAAAGAACUUAUUAGGGCUGCUCAAGAGAAACAAUUGGAAGCUGAACCUGGUCGAACAAUGAUGGAAUCGUUUGAGAACAGAGUGAAUCAGGUGUUGAAUAAAGCGCGUGAUGAUGCUGGAAGCAGUGCACAGAAGAGUUUGUCAGAAAGCAACAACCUGAAGGCUAUGGUUACUGCAGGAUCUAAGGGAAGUUUUAUCAAUAUCUCUCAGAUGACUGCAUGUGUGGGGCAACAGAAUGUUGAAGGCAAACGAAUUCCUUUUGGAUUCGUAGAUCGUACACUACCACACUUCACCAAGGAUGAUUUUGGUCCAGAGAGUCGUGGGUUUGUGGAGAACUCAUAUCUUCGGGGAUUGACUCCUCAAGAGUUCUUCUUCCAUGCCAUGGGUGGGAGAGAAGGUCUUAUAGAUACUGCAGUGAAAACUUCUGAGACUGGAUAUAUUCAGAGGCGACUAGUGAAGGCUAUGGAGGAUAUCAUGGUUAAAUAUGAUGGAACUGUUAGGAAUUCCUUAGGUGAUGUAAUUCAGUUUCUCUAUGGGGAAGAUGGAAUGGAUGCUGUUUGGAUCGAAUCACAACCUCUGGAAUCACUGAAGCUAAAGAAAUCGGAUUUCAAUGACAUGUACAAGUACGAGAUUGAUAGUACAAACUGGAAUCCUAGUUAUAUGUUGCCUGAAGCUGUAGAAGAUCUAAAAACAAUUCGCGAAAUCCGCAGUGUGUUUGAUGCAGAGGUUCAGAAACUUGAAGCUGACAGGUAUCAACUUGGGACAGAGAUUGCAACAACAGGUGACAACUCUUGGCCCCUUCCUGUUAAUAUUAAGAGGCUUGUAUUGAACGCCCAAAAAACCUUUAAAGUUGAUUUCCGAAGGCCUUCUGAUAUGCAUCCAAUGGAGAUUGUGGAAGCUGUUGAUAAGUUACAAGAACGGCUUAAGGUGGUCGUUGGUGAUGAUUAUUUGAGUAUGGAAGCCCAAAAAAAUGCUACUCUUUUCUUCAAUAUAUUGCUUCGCAGUGCCUUAGCAAGUAAGAGGGUUCUGAAGGAGUAUAGACUUACUCGUGAAGCAUUUGACUGGGUUAUCGGAGAGAUAGAAUCCCGGUUUCUACAGUCACUUGUUGCAGCCGGGGAGAUGAUAGGAUGCGUUGCUGCACAAUCUAUUGGUGAGCCUGCUACACAAAUGACUCUUAAUACAUUCCACUACGCUGGUGUGAGUGCCAAGAAUGUUACUUUAGGUGUACCAAGGUUAAGGGAGAUUAUUAAUGUUGCUAAGAAAAUUAAAACACCCUCUCUCUCUGUAUAUUUAAGGCCUGAUGUGAGUAAAACCAAGGAGAGGGCUAAAAAUGUUCAGUGCGCUUUAGAAUAUACAACUUUACGGAGUGUGACACAAGCCACAGAGGUAUGGUAUGAUCCAGAUCCCAUGAGCACUAUUAUUGAAGAAGAUGUUGAAUUUGUGAAGUCAUAUUAUGAGAUGCCUGAUGAAGAGAUUGACCCCCACAAGAUCUCUCCUUGGUUGCUUCGCGUAGAGUUAAAUCGAGAAAUGAUGGUGGAUAAGAAGCUUAGCAUGGCAGAUAUUGCAGAGAAGAUUAAUCUUGAAUUUGAGGAUGAUUUGACGUGCAUAUUUAAUGAUGAUAAUGCUGAGAAGUUGAUCCUUCGUAUACGUAUCAUGAACGAUGAAGCCCCUAAAGGUGAAUUGCAGGAUGAAUCGGCUGAGGAUGAUGUGUUCCUCAAAAAGGUUGAGAGUAACAUGCUCACGGAAAUGGCACUUCGAGGCAUACCAGAUAUCAAUAAGGUGUUCAUAAAAAACGGUAAGGUGAAUAAGUUUGAUGAAAAUGAGGGAUUUAAGGCAGAGAAUGAGUGGAUGUUAGACACAGAAGGUGUUAAUCUUUUAGCUGUCGCGUGCCAUGAAGACGUGGAUUCUAGGAGGACAACAAGCAAUCACUUGAUUGAAGUUAUUGAAGUUCUGGGAAUUGAGGCAGUUCGUAAAGCUUUGCUAGAUGAGUUGCGUGUUGUUAUAUCUUUCGAUGGGUCCUAUGUGAACUAUCGACAUUUGGCAAUAUUGUGCGAUACCAUGACAUAUCGUGGUCACUUAAUGGCCAUCACUCGUCAUGGCAUUAAUCGCAAUGAUACUGGCCCCAUGAUGAGAUGCUCUUUUGAAGAAACAGUGGACAUUCUGCUUGAUGCUGCUGUCUUUGCAGAAAUGGAUUGCCUCAGGGGUGUCACCGAAAAUAUUAUGUUAGGUCAACUUGCACCUAUUGGCACAGGAGACUGUGGCUUGCUUUUGAAUGAAGAGAUGUUAAAGCAAGCUAUUGAGAUACCAUUGCCUAGUUAUAUGGAAGGUGGACUUGAAUUUGGCAUGACUCCUGGCCGCUCACCUGUCACGGGAACUCCGUACCAUGAUGGCAUGAUGUCGCCAAGUUAUUUGUUGAGCCCAAAUCUUCGGUUAUCUCCCGUUUCAGAUGCUCAAUUUUCUCCUUAUGUUGGUGGAAUGGCCUUUUCGCCUACAUCAUCUCCAGGGUACAGCCCAUCGUCUCCUGGAUACAGCCCGUCAUCUCCAGGAUAUAGUCCUACCUCCCCAGGUUACAGCCCAACUUCCCCUGGUUAUAGUCCAACAUCCCCAACCUAUAGUCCUAGUUCUCCUGGUUAUAGCCCAACAAGCCCUGCAUAUUCUCCCACCAGUCCAUCUUAUUCGCCUACUUCCCCUACCUACAGCCCAACGUCUCCUAGCUAUAGCCCAACAUCUCCAAGUUACAGUCCUACAUCCCCUAGCUAUAGCCCUACCUCUCCUGCUUACAGCCCUACCUCUCCUGCUUAUAGCCCAACAUCUCCUGCUUACAGCCCAACUUCUCCCUCUUACAGCCCAACUUCACCCUCGUACAGUCCAACCUCUCCAUCUUACAGCCCAACUUCACCAUCCUAUAGCCCUACCUCGCCAUCUUACAGCCCAACUUCUCCUUCGUAUAGCCCAACCUCUCCUGCCUAUAGCCCCACUUCACCUGGUUAUAGCCCCACCUCACCGAGUUACAGUCCUACCUCACCAAGUUACAGUCCUACAUCUCCAAGUUACAACCCUUCAGCAAGGUACAGCCCUUCUCUAGCAUAUUCACCUACAAGUCCAAAGAUCACACCGUCAAGUCCAUACAGUCCCUCAUCUCCAAGUUACAGCCCAACUUCACCAUCGUAUUCUCCAACAUCUCCGUCAUAUUCUCCGUCUAGUCCAAAUUAUAGCCCAACCAGUCCGUAUAAUUCUGGUGCUAGCCCAGAUCCUCCUAGCUCUCCUCAGUACAGCCCGAGUGUUGGAUACUCUCCUAGUGCGCCAGGGUACUCCCCAUCUUCGACUGGUCAAUACAGUCCUGGAACGAACGAAAGAGAUGAUAAGAGUAUUAAGGAUGAGAAGAGCAACCGGUAAUAAUGGUCAUCAAAAGCAUUUUAGAAGAGAAACUGAAUAAAUGAUACAUGAAGAGCAAGAUCAGUGCCAUUCUGGUAUUCAUAUUUAAGUUGGGAUGAAUGAUCCACAUUUGGUGUUGAUGGAUUUGAGGUUGUAGAGCACAAGGGCUAACUAUUCUAAAAUCUUGGAUUGGAUUAUGAUCCUAUGUUAAUGUAUCUAUAAAUGAUUGAAGUAACAUAUGUUCUGCUCGAAAUUUAAUGAAUAUCAAUAGUAUCUUUGAGUAUGAAAUGUUUGGGUA